GUGGUUGUUGGGAGUGCAAUUAUUUUCCCGCAAUAUUUUAUAGCAUGAAUUGUUUAUGUUUGGAAUGGCGGGGCUGUUAUUUUCAAGUGUAUGAUUUUGUGUGGAAAUGUCACCAGUUACUUCGUCGACAAAAGGAAAAGGAAUGAAAAGUUCUCAGUCUUAUGCAGAAACCUCAACAAAUGCAGAAGAUUCACCACAAUCGGGAGAUGAUGCAGAUGAGACGUCGAGUGUAGGGAGUGCAUCGACGACUGACAACGCUUCGCGAAGUGCCACGCCUGUCAGCAAAACUACCAAAGGUCGCAGAGGAAGGAAGAAACUGAACAAAAAUACCAUGAAGUUGCAGUACAAAUUUACCACGUACGUGAAGGAGGACCACGGGCAGCCGUUGUUCGGAGCGCAGUUCAACCACCACUUGAAGGAGGGCCAGCCCCUGAUAUUCGCUGCCGUGGGGAGCAACAGGGUGACCAUAUACGAGUGCCCGGAGGGCGGAGGCAUCAAGCUGCUCCAGUGUUACGCCGACCCGGACGGGGAGGAGAACUACUAUACGUGUGCAUGGUCCUACGACGAGGAUUCGGGCAAACCACUGUUGGCUGUGGCGGGCUCACGGGGCAUAGUCCGCAUUCUCAGUCCAGCUUCCAUGACUUGCAUUCGACAUUACAUUGGUCACGGGCAUGCCAUCAAUGAGCUUAAAUUUCAUCCCCGAGAUCCGAAUCUUCUGUUGUCCGUUUCAAAGGACCAUGCACUGCGGCUGUGGAACAUUAAAACUGACGUCUGUAUCGCUAUUUUUGGGGGUGUUGAAGGACAUCGUGACGAGGUUCUUAGUGCAGACUUUGACUUGUUGGGCGAGCGCAUCAUGUCGUGUGGCAUGGACCACUCGCUGAAGCUGUGGAAACUGAACACGGACGUCAUGAGGGACGCCAUCCGGGGCUCGUACCAGUUCAGCGCGGCGCGGAGCGUGCGGCCGUUCGACUCCCUGAAGGAGCACUUCCCCGACUUCUCGACGAGGGACAUCCACCGGAACUACGUGGACUGCGUGCGGUGGCUGGGGGACUUCGUCUUGUCCAAGUCGUGCGAGAACUGCAUCAUGUGUUGGAAACCUGGCCGCUUGGAAGACAAGAAGUUGCGACCCAACGACACCACCGUAACGAUACUUCAUCGGUUUGAGUACAAGGAGUGUGAGAUAUGGUUUGUGCGAUUUGCCAUGGACUUUUGGCAGAAGAUCUUGGCCCUCGGCAACCAGAACGGGCGGACGUUCGUGUGGGACCUGGACGUGAGCGACUUCACGCAGUCCAAGUGCACCACCCUCAGCCAUCCCCGGUGCGUGACGGCCAUCCGCCAGACCAGCCUGAGCCGUGACGGGGCCGUGCUGCUGUGCGUGUGCGACGACGGCACCAUCUGGCGGUGGGACCGGCUGACUUGAGACCACGACGAGGCAAGCAGCGAAUCAGUGUAGGUGCUUGCGAAGGAUGUUGGUGGAGCUGUGCUGCGACGAGUGUUGGAUGGAUUAGGAGCCCCAAGCUGUCCCUAGGGACGCGACCGUCCUAUGGCCUUCGAGGGUUGAGAGGAAGAGGUUGUGUGUACUCAUGCACAUAACUGUUCAUGGUAUAUACAGUAGAACCCCGAUUUAACGAAGUGCUAUGGUUACCGAAAAUGUUUACUCUAAAUCGAUGUUUCGUUAAAUCCGAUUUUCCGAUUUUCAAUGACCCCCGCACUCAUUAUCGCGUCCCUACCGUUUCCAUAUCGUAGACAGGGUCGACGCUGAUAUCUUGUGCUGCCGUGCUAUCUCAGACUUCGUCAACUUUACAUCUUGAACGUCUUUUAAUCUCGCUCGUACGGCCCCCGGUUCGUACGUACACCUCGGUCGUACAUACAAAUUUUCAGAAACCGUGAAAAAUGAGGCAUAAAAUAAAAGUUUAAAAAUAUGUAAAGUGUAAGAAAUACGUUAAAGUGUAUUAAAAUACAGUCGCAACCUGCAGCGUUUAUAACAAAUACGAGCUACAUACACAUUGCGUCACAGUAAAAAAUAAAAAAAUUGGCCGCAAAUUGAUGGAAAAUUUCCGUCAAUAGCGCGCCGUACGCGGAGAAAGGUCAUUGUACUCGGUCAGCUGCUAUUACGGCGUGGCGUAGCCGCCGGCUGACACUCUUUGUUCGCUGAGCUGCGCAGCACUUAUAAAAAACGUAUUCCAAAAACUAAACACCGCGCACAAAGCUCUUACUGAGAAUAAUAAAGCUGUAGCAAACCGUAUGUAUGUAUUCGGUACCGAGUAACAGGUGCGCCAUCUAGUAACGAGUAACGAAACAUUACACACGGCUGCAUCUCGUUACUCGCAUUUUUCGUAUGUUUUACGCAUGCGCGCGCAUAUUCGAUGAAUUUGCGUUACAAAGAACGAUGUUUGUUUAUUAAGUAAAGUAUAAUUUGGAAAUUCGUCGUCAAAGUUUUUUACUGUUUAUUAAAGGUAUUGUGUGUGUAGACAAAGUUUGAGAUUGGAACAGAAACAACGUAAGAAAGCAUUGUUUACAAAUUAGAAAUAUGUUUUUAUUAUCGCGUAUUUUCACGUUUUUUUUGUUCUUAUCUUAAAAGAGAUAGUAUAAAAAAAGCCGCUCUAAUGAGAUUUAAUUGUUUCUUGGUUAACAAAAACUGUUAAUUAUCAAAUAUUGUUAAUUGUUUAUAUUCUAUUUAUUAUUAUUUACGCGACGUCAUACUGUACGCGUACGCAAUACGACUCGAUUCGUUGCUGCAACAUAACAUAGCUUGUUAUGCGGUAUCAGAAGUAACGAGUAAUGUAACGUGAUACGAUAGUAACGAGUACUAAUUGUUAUAGUAACGAAUACAUACGGGGACGCUUUUUUUCGUUACUUUUACACUUCUAGAGAAUAAUGAUAAUGGCGUAUUGGUGUGACGUGGUCACAAGUUGAAAAAACCUGGAGGAUGGGAAAGGGAAUAUUUGGAAACGUGUGAUUAUUGGCUAGCACUGUUACUAUGCGGGCGUGUUUGGAAGAUAACGUGGUGAGUCAAGCCAGGGAUAUUGAUGGGGGAGGGGGAUGCGGACAAAGAAACCCUUCAUGACGUCAUGUGUCGCGGACAGUCUAUCUAUCCAGGCGCGCGCAAUGGCACGCACCUACGCAAUUCAAUUACAGCGCCCGCAGUUUUUAAGCAAUUUGAACAACUUUUUUAAUUUUUUCGUAUUUGGACAGAUGAUGCAAAGGCACAUAUUAAUAUAUAGUACCUCCAUUCUAUUACUGACACCACAAAGUGUAAUUUUUAAUAAGAUUCCAUUACUAUUUACUUUCAUUUUUUGGAAAUUUAUAUUAUUAUUUUAAUAAAUUGGUGUUUUUUUGAUGGUUCCUGAAAACCUUUACGUUAAAUCGCUGUUUUCGUUAAAUCCGUGUUCGCAAAAUCGGGGUUCUACUGUAGUGUGUAGUCUUGCAGCGUGAAACAAGUACGUACUGUCUCUGUAUAAACGGAAGUGCCUUCGCCGGUGAUACAUUCCCGGAAUGUUAAGCGUAUUGAUUUUGUUCACUCUAAUCAACUUUAUUCAUGCUUCAUUUAGUGCAAUUUAUGAAAAUUAUAAUAUUGAUGUUUACAAUUUAAAACUUGUUCUUUCUGAUGGAUGUUAAAGAAAUUUUUUAGAGUUAUGUAUUCUGUGGCUUUUUAAAAUCAUAAUUAGUGUAUAUGUACUCUAUACAGUUCAUAUAUUUAAUUCGUAGCAUUUGAACAAGCAUGGCUCUUGCUGACGUUUUUACAAUCUUGUUAGAUCUAUUUUAUUUCAUACCAUGACUAUACAUUUAUGACCAAAAAUGAGCAUUAUUGUAUUGCAAUUGUUGUAAGUACUAAAUAAUGUAUGUGUUCAACUUUAUAUGUUCAUCUGUGAUUGUGUGAUUAUGCUAGCAAAGAAAAAAGCAUAUUUCUAAAAAUUAAGUAACUUUUCAAUGCAAAACCUUUUUGUACAUGACUUGGUAAUAUGUAGUAUAAACAUUGUUUGUGUGUGAUUUAACUUAAAAGCAGAAACACGUAUUGAUUGAUUUAAUGAAUGUUGAAUUUUGUGCUAAUAAGCUUUCUUGAAAUAUAUUAUACAUAUUGUGUAUUAUUGUAACAUUUUUCUUAUACCUGAAAAGACCUAAGGAAAUAAUUCAGUGAACUGUCUGAUAACUAUUAAUGGUAAAAUUUUAAUGUAAUACAACAUUUGAAUUGAAAACUGUGUCAGCACCAGAAAUAUAAAUGAUCAAAUAUUUUUUUCCACACUGUUAGAAAUGUUAUGUGUAGUAGUUCCAAUAUCACCAUCAUAAAAUGUGAUAUAUAUACAAUUACUGUGUACAAUAUUAGUGACAUGUGCAACAUUCGUAUAAAUAAAAAAUUAUAAUCAAGAAUGAAAUAUAUUAUACAAAAUAGUUGCACUUAAUUCUAGACAUUGCACAAAAAAAAGUUGAGUCAUGGUGUUUUUUUUUUUUUUUUUUUUUUUCCAUUUAAUUUUAGCUUUUUCCUGAACUAUGGGACUUUGCUGAACUAUAUGGAAUGUGUUAGAGGUAAUUUCUUUUAGUUAAUUUAAACUUGUUUUAUUUUUGUAAAAAUUGUAUAAAAUUCUGGCUCUACCCAUAAGAGAAUGCCAGGUAAUACAAUGGAACCUCACUGAUGUGAGGUCCAAAGUUACAAAUGUUUUGAAAUGCACUGUCAGUUUGACUGCAGAAACCACAGUACAUUCACAUUUUAUUUUAGAGCUCUGUUCUGGUUUUACUGUCAGUUUGAGUAAUUUACGUACAUAUUUUUAAAACAGCAAACUAUAGUUUAAAAGGGGAGAAAAAAAAUUUUUUAGGUGCUGCAGCACAAAAGUUGUUCUCAAGGCUAGCAAAGAGUAAAUAAUGCAGCAUUAGGCUGAUGGAGCCAAGGAGGGUGUAAGAGGAGCUGGCAGCCACAGGAUUUACCUGCAUAUAGAUCACAGAUUUUUGUUUAAUGAAAUGUACUGCGAUCCAUAUGCGAAAAUUUCCAUUUUAGGUUUUGUUAAGUAUUGUAGUUGAAUACAUUCAUGUUAACUGUGAGAUCGAUUGAUGAGAUGCAGAAAACUCAAGAGGAAAUUAUUUUGAGUAAGAGAGUUGACACCGGCACCGCAGGCAAACUGAGUAGUACCUUUGCCUCAAAAAUGAACAUGAGCAAUCAAUGACAAAAUUUUUAAAAAGUUAAUAACCAAUCAGUACUCUGUAACAAUUGUGACCUUCCCGAAUUAUCCAACAUCUAUUUGGAAACUGGUGAGAGGCAGACUGUCUCUGAAUAUCAGCGCUAACAGUAUCAAAUGAAGAUGGUAAUCCAUUUCAGAAAAAAAGAAAGAAGCUCAGUUUUAAUUUUUUUUUUACGUUACAUGGUAGUCCCAGUUGCAGCACGUGGAAUGAAUGAGUGGGCUUAACACUUUAACUGCACCAUUCAACUUAUCUCCAAUUA